AAAACCUAAAAGGAGAUAUGUCGUUGGUGCACCAACUACCGCUCAGCUCAUUUGAGUAAAAACUUGAGGGCUUUCACUCUCACCACUAAACUUGAGCUACAUAAUAGAUCUGAAUCUAAAAUCUAAACCUCUCUCCUCUCUCAACUCUCAAGAUUCAUCAUCGUCAUGGCUUCCUCUAACAACUACGAUGGGAUCCUUCUCGGAAUGGGCAACCCUCUCCUCGAUAUCUCUGCCGUCGUCGACGAGGCUUUUCUCACCAAAUACGAUGUCAAGUUGAACAAUGCGAUUCUGGCAGAGGAGAAACAUUUGCCUAUGUAUGAUGAGAUGAGUAGCAAGUUCAAUGUUGAAUACAUUGCUGGAGGUGCUACUCAGAACUCUAUCAAAGUGGCUCAGUGGAUGCUUCAAAUUCCUGGGGCAACCAGCUACAUGGGCUCCAUUGGAAAGGACAAAUACGGUGAGGCUAUGAAGAAGGAUGCCACUGCUGCUGGUCUCAAUGUUCACUACUAUGAGGAUGAAUCUGCACCUACUGGAACUUGCGGUGUCUGUGUUGUUGGUGGAGAAAGGUCUCUUAUUGCCAAUCUCUCUGCUGCUAACUGCUACAAGGUUGACCACCUUAAGAAGCCUGAAAACUGGGCACUCGUUGAGAAGGCCAAGUUCUACUACAUCGCUGGAUUCUUCCUCACUGUAUCUCCUGAAUCCAUUCAGUUGGUAUCUGAGCACGCUGCUGCCAACAACAAGGUGUUCACAAUGAACCUUUCUGCUCCAUUCAUCUGUGAAUUCUUCAAAGAUGCUCAGGAGAAGUUCUUGCCGUACAUGGACUUUGUUUUUGGCAAUGAGACAGAGGCAAUCACCUUCUCCAGAGUUCACGGCUGGGAGACCGAAGAUGUGGAGCAAAUAGCCAUCAAGAUUUCACAGCUUCCCAAGGCCACAGGAACGUACAAGAGGACCACCGUGAUUACACAGGGGGCAGACCCAGUGGUCGUUGCUGAAGAUGGAAAGGUGACGAAGUACCCUGUGAUCCCUCUCCCAAAGGAGAAACUUGUUGACACCAACGGUGCAGGUGAUGCAUUUGUGGGUGGAUUCAUGUCACAGUUGGUGAAAGAGAAAUCGAUUGAGGAGUGCGUGAAGGCAGGAUGCUACGCGUCGAACGUGGUGAUCCAAAGAUCUGGCUGCACUUACCCUGAGAAGCCAGACUUCAACUAAGUUAUUGGUCCAUCCUCAGUUUUGUGAUAUCUUUCAAAUAAAAACAAUUAUGUUCGAUUCCACAGACGAUUAUUUGCUCGAGUGUUUUUCAUUUUUUUUUGGUUUGAAAUACCCUUUUAUUAUCAUUAUCAGCUUUUUUCUGAUAAGAUUGCAUUCAACUCAUGUGUGGCCAACUAUUUCCACUUUUGAAACAUUCAUUUUGGCUGAAAA